UCUCUCUCUCUCUCUCUCUCUCUCCCUCUCUCGCGCGCGCACUCUCCAUUUCUCUCUCUCUCUCUCUCUUGAAUUAUUACUACUGUCACGCAGCCAGUACGCAUCCAUGGCAAUGGCCCCGUUUCUUCAAUCUGUAAUUAUAAGUGCUGUAAUUCCUGUUCCUUUCCCUCCUCUCCCAAUCUCAUUCCUCAACCGAAUCACCAGUGUCUGAUCCACCUACAAGCUUUGGGGAAAUGGCAAAGCGGGAUUGUUGAUUGGCGGAAGAGUUCAUCGGUAUUGCAGUGCGGAACUCGUCGGGUUGAGUAGUUUUGUUUUAGGGGGGAUUUAAUAAUGCCUGCAGGUUUUGAAUAAAGAAUUGGAUGCGAAUCAUGGGGAGGAGAGAAGAAUCGUUUAAUUUCUUGUCUGUGAGUUCACGUGAAGGUUUUGUCACGAUGUCCGGGAGUUCUUACAAGUGAACGAGUGUCUCUAGUCGGUGUUUUCCCGAGGGUAUCGCCAUUGGAGGGCAUCUUGUUCUUAACUCCAUGUCUACAGAAGGUAAGACUGUUUGCAAUGCCAAUGCGAAUGAGCUGCAAGAGGUAGAGGACUGUGUUGUCUUUCCUUGUUUUGGUCAAAGAUUUUUAUGGCUCUGAAAAGGACUCCAACUGGCGCCAUUUUGAAGCCACAGUGUUGAGAAGAAAGGUUUCUGAGAGUUCAGGUUCCUACGGCGAGUAGAUGAAAGAAAGGGGAAUAUUGCUUGCUCGAGAGAUUUUUAGUCCAUUUUUCCAUCGCUGAUUAGCUUUUGAUUAGAUUCUGGGCUUUUCUUGGUGAUGCGAGAGGAUCUGUUUCAAGGUGAUCUCUGCGAUGAAACUGAUGGUAAUGAGGUACUCUCCAUUCUUCUUCGUCUUGUUGUUCUGUGUACUGCCUCUGGUUCGGGCUGGAGAUGAAGAAGCUCUGUUAGCACUGAAAGAAUCUCUCGACCCUGGGAACUCGCUUCCAUGGCGAGGAAGCUCUGUCUGCCACUGGCAAGGCGUGAAAGAGUGCAAGAAUGGGCGGGUAACUAAGCUUGUUUUAGAGCAUCUAAAUCUCUCUGGCGUUCUUAACCACAAGAUUUUGAAUCGUUUAGAUCAGCUUCGUGUUCUCAGUUUCAAAGGAAAUUCACUCUCUGGCCGAAUCCCUGAUCUCUCAGGUCUUGUUAAUCUCAAAUCCCUCUAUCUUAACGACAACAACUUUUCCGGCGAGUUCCCGAGCUCCAUCUCCGAUCUCCAUCGCUUGAAGGUCAUUGUUCUUUCCGGUAAUCAAAUAUCUGGCCCCAUUCCAGACUCGCUGCUCAAACUCCGGCGUCUCUAUGUCCUACACCUGCAGGACAACCAACUCACCGGCUCCAUCCCACCUUUCAACCAAACCAGUCUCCGAUUCUUCAAUGUCUCUAACAAUCACCUCUCCGGCGACAUCCCAGAAACCCCCGCCUUGCUCCGCUUCAAUGUCUCGUCAUUUUCCGGCAACCUGGAACUUUGCGGAAAACAAGUUCAAAACCCCUGUGGAAAUAUUGCCAUUGCGCCAUCAUUAAGUCCCUCUUAUUCACAAAUCCUGAGCUCAAGCUCGUCUUCAAGACACAAAAAAAUGGUCAGGAUAAUAGCAGGAAGCGUUGGUGGGUUUGUCGGGCUGCUAUUAAUCGUUCUUUUAUUGUGUAUGAUUUGCAAAUGUAGGGAAAGAGAGAGCCUAGCGGAAGUUAGAAACAAAGGAAUCGGCGACGAGGGGAUGGGGAUGGGGAUGGAGGAAACAUCUGGAACUGCCGGCGGGAGCAGAGAAGUUAAUAACGGGGGAAAGCAAGGGGGAUUUUCAUGGGAAAGUGAAGGACUAGGGAGUCUAGUGUUCUGCGGAGCAGGGGAUCAGAAAAUGACUUAUAGCUUGGAAGAUCUGUUGAAAGCUUCGGCGGAGACUUUGGGCAGAGGGACCAUCGGAAGCACAUACAAGGCAGUGAUGGAAUCUGGGUAUAUUGUGACGGUGAAGCGGCUGAAGGAUGCAAGGUACCCACGAGCAGAGGAAUUCGGACGGCAGAUGGAAGUUCUUGGGCGGCUCAGACACCCCAACUUGGUCCCUCUCAGGGCCUACUUCCAGGCUAAGGAGGAACGCCUUCUCGUAUACGAUUAUUUCCCCAAUGGCAGUCUCUUCUCUCUCAUCCACGGAUCGAGAACUUCAGGCGGAGGAAAGCCUCUUCAUUGGACAUCCUGCCUCAAAAUAGCUGAAGACUUGGCCAGUGGUCUACUCUACAUCCACCAGAACCCAGGCUCAAUACAUGGAAACCUCAAAUCCUCAAACGUACUAUUAGGAUCGGAUUUCGAGUCGUGUCUUACUGAUUAUGGUCUUAACUUAUUUCGAGAUCCAGAUUCGCUCGAAGAACCUAGUGCAACUUCGCUCUUUUACCGAGCUCCCGAAUGCCGCGACAUCCGUAAGCCAACCACACAACAAGCAGACGUUUAUAGUUUUGGUGUUCUUCUGUUGGAGCUUCUUACAGGAAAAACACCCUUCCAAGAUCUUGUUCAAGAACAUGGCUCCGACAUUCCCAAGUGGGUUAGCUCAGUUAGAGAAGAGGAGACGGAGUCUGGGGAUGAUCCCACGUCUGGGAAUGAGGCAUCGGAAGAGAAACUUCAAGCUCUUUUGAACAUAGCAAUGGCUUGUGUUUCACUUAUGCCGCAGAACCGACCUACAAUGAGGGAUGUACUAAAGAUGAUAAGAGAUACAAGAGCAGAGGCUCAAAUAUCAUCCAACAGUAGUGAUCAUUCACCAGGGAGAUGGUCUGAUAUUGUCCAGAGUUUGCCCAGGGAAGAACAUUUAAGCAUUUGAAUGGCUUCCAAAACUCACAAGUUUGCAUUUUGAUUAUCAUUGUUGUUGUUGCUGUUCUUUGUUUUCAUUCUAAAGGCAUCUCAAUUAUUCUUCAACUAGGAUGGUAGAGAGAGUGUAAAGUUGUUGAUUUUAUCGGUAGAGGUUCCUUCUUUUGGCUAGUUUCGAGUUUCCACAAAACAAGAAGCGGGUUUGGAGUGCGGGAACAAGUAAUUUAUCAUCAGUAGAACUGAAAGUGUAGUGCUUUUAGGUGAUUCGAUGUCAUUAAUCCAACCCAAUUAUUUGCUUCA